GAGCCCCAAAGGGGGAAAAAAGAAAGUGCGGCGGAAAGUAAGAGGCUCGUUGCUGGAAGACUGGCCGGAUCCGGGUCCCCGGGACUCUGCUUUGGCCAAGCGCACCGAAAGACGCGGUGCUGGGCGAUCCUGCACCCAUCCCCGCCGCCUUCGCUGCUCCCGCUCUGCCUCCCAGGAAAGGAUGGGACUUCUGUGGUGUGUAAUGAGUCUCUACUUCUAUGGGAUCCUGCAAAGUGAUGCCUCAGAACGCUGUGAUGACUGGGGACUAGAUACCAUGAGGCAGAUCCAAGUGUACGAAGAUGAGCCAGCUCGUAUCAAGUGCCCACUCUUUGAACACUUCUUGAAAUAUAACUACAGUACAGCCCAUUCAGCAGGCCUUACUCUGAUCUGGUAUUGGACAAGGCAGGACCGGGACCUUGAGGAGCCGAUUAACUUCCGCCUCCCUGAGAACCGCAUUAGUAAGGAGAAAGAUGUGCUCUGGUUCCGGCCCACACUCCUCAAUGACACAGGCAACUAUACCUGCAUGUUAAGGAACACUACAUAUUGCAGCAAAGUUGCAUUUCCUCUGGAAGUGGUUCAAAAAGAUAGCUGCUUCAAUUCUCCCAUGAAACUUCCUGUGCAUAGAUUAUAUUUAGAAUAUGGUGUUCAGAAGAUCACUUGUCCAAACAUCGAUGGAUUUUUUCCUUCUAGUGUCAAGCCAACCAUCACUUGGUAUAUGGGCUGUUAUAAAGUACACAACUUUAAUAAUGUAAUACCCGAAGGCAUGAACUUGAGUUUUAUCAUAGCCAUGGUUUCAAAUAAUGGAGAUUACACAUGUGUUGUUACAUAUCCAGAAAAUGGACGUACCUUCCAUCUCACCAGGACUCAGACUGUAAAGGUGGUAGGCUCUCCAAACGAUGCAUUGCCUCCCCAGUUCUAUUCACCCACUGAUCUUGUGGUCUACGAGAAAGAACCAGGAGAGGAGCUACUCAUCCCCUGUAAAGUCUUUUUUACUUUCCUGAAGGACUCCCGCAAUGAGGUUUGGUGGACCAUUGAUGGAAAAAAGCCAGAGGACACCACUAUUGACGUAGCUGUUAAUGAAAGUGUAACUCUGAGUAUAACAGAAGACGAGACGAGGACUCAGCUUCUGAGCAUCAAGAAAGUUACUGCUGAGGAUCUCAAGCGCAACUAUGUCUGUCAUGCCAGAAAUGCCAAAGGGGAGGUUGACAAACCAGCCAAGGUGAAACAGAAAGCUCCAAGAUACACAGUGGAACUGGCGUGUGGUUUUGGAGCCACAGUCCUACUGGUGGUGAUUCUCAUUGUUGUCUACCAUGUUUACUGGCUAGAGAUGGUCCUAUUUUACCGGGCUCAUUUUGGAACGGAUGAAACCAUUUUAGAUGGGAAGGAAUAUGAUAUUUAUGUAUCCUAUGCAAGGAAUGCUGAAGAAGAAGAAUUUGUAUUACUGACCCUCCGUGGAGUCUUGGAGAAUGAAUUUGGAUACAAGCUGUGCAUCUUUGACCGAGACAGUCUGCCUGGGGGAAUUGUCACAGACGAGACCUUGAGCUUCAUUCAGAAAAGCAGACGCCUCCUGGUUGUCCUAAGCCCCAACUACGUGCUCCAGGGAACCCAAGCCCUCCUGGAGCUCAAGGCUGGCCUAGAAAACAUGGCCUCUCGGGGCAACAUCAACGUCAUUUUAGUACAGUACAAAGCUGUGAAGGAAACGAAGGUGAAAGAGCUGAAGAGGGCUAAGACGGUGCUCACGGUCAUUAAAUGGAAAGGGGAGAAAUCCAAAUAUCCGCAGGGCAGAUUUUGGAAGCAGCUGCAGGUGGCCAUGCCAGUGAAGAAAAUUUCCAGGUGGUCUAGAAGUGGCGAGCAGGGUCUCUCCUAUUCAUCCUUGAAAAAUGUAUGAAAGGGCCAGUGAAAGGGGUAAAAAUAUCCAAGGGUACUCCAGGAAGGAAGAAUUCCCCCUUCUUUAUUCCCAAUUGAUUGCUUCAUGGACAGAAAAAUUUCUAUGGAAGCCUCCCCAUAGAGAUAAAUUCAGGGUGACUGUAGGAAGAGCUGUUCUGCUUCCUCAGGCAAUAGUAAGGCUUAGAAUGCUAGUGCCACUUCCUGUCACCAGCGUCUGAUGUCACUAUGUUCUUUGCAAAGACCUGGUUGAUGCGAAUUUCCCCUUCUGCAUCCUGCAUUCCUGCCCCUACUCAUCUCUAUCCUCUCUCUCUCUCUUUUGAAAUAAUCUUAACAUUAUGGGGCAGCCUUUGCUGUGGAUUUAAAGACCCCUUAAAGAUGAGUCAUCUGUUAACAGGGUCAUUAUGAGUUUCCAAGUAUAGUUUUCUUUUUCUUUUAUUUUUACUCAUCCAUUAAAAAGGUAAUCAGGGCCUAAAUUUAUUUUAGCUAAGGAUAAAAACUCUUUUGCUCAUUCAGCUGUAUCAGACACCCUCAUAGCAAGACUGACACCACUUAGGACGAUACAAAGCAGAGUAACUGAAAAUGUUCCUUAGACAGCAAUUGGUUUAAAGGGCUUGCCUGAAUUGUCUCCUACUAUGCAACCCAUGUCCUCUAUCUCAGGUAAUUGAUAUCAUAUUUGUCAACUUGAAAAAUGUAUAGUAAUUUUUAUUAAACUCCCGAUUAUCUGUAGGUUGACCCAUACUUAUCAUUCCAUCUCCCUACCUACUGCACCUUGUGUCAGUCAUUGGGAGUUUGCAGGUGGUUCCUCACUUGGUUCCGUCGGAUAGGAAGCUUCUCUUAAUGGUGCUAAUACCAAGUAAAAUAACAGCAAAAAGCUUUUAGGGCCUUUUCUGUCUUAUGAGAAAAGCACAGAACAGGGUGUUUGUCAAUUUGUCUUUUAAUCUCAACCUUGCUAAUGUGAAUAUUAGGAAAGUCAUUUCUCAUUUGUUUCUGUCUCCCCAUUGUAAAGUGUGAAAGUUAGACUUAGUGACCUUGAGAGUGCUUUUAGCAUGAAUAUUCUAAGAGCAUUAACUGGACCCCAAGCAUUUUUCACAUUUUAUUCACUGGUACAGUUAAUACACUCACUCCAAACAAGUCAGUCUGAAUAGUCACUGUUAAUGAAACAUGUUUUAGUUUGUUUUAAGUAAAGUUUUACUGUUCUUAAGACUUGGAAAAGUGAAAACUAAGUCCAGAGUUUACAGAGUGGUGAAUAUCUAUGUUACAUAUAGAGUUUUAAAAACAUAUGUAUGUAUAUACACACAAGAAUUAUAUAUGUAUAUAUAUUGCAUAUAU